CAUCAUACUGAAGACCCCGUUGAGAGGAUCUUUUCUCACUAUAAAGAGAAGAUGCAGCUCCGGCGCCUUUGAGAUGAUCGCCAGGAUUUACUCCGCGCCUCUCUGCCCCUAAGUUCUCUAAAGGGCAAGCACCUUCGGCUGUUUUAAAAUAACCACCUGGACUGCUAGCACUCUGAAAACAUUUACCUAGUGGAGUGAAUGUGAAUGAACCUCCCAGUGUUUGCUGCCAAAGCGUCGGAGUCAUCCAAGACUGUGAGCAUAUUUUUCUUCUACGCGACCAGCUGUGGUUUAGAGCCGGUGCGUCGGUGCCUCUCGGCGCAGUUUGUGUUGCAGGUGCUUGGAGAAGCAGCGCGAGGACAGAUGGCUGCGCUGACGAUACAACGGACCGACAACUUUUUGCACACAUUUUUACAGGACCGGACGCCCAGCUCCUCUCCAGAGGGGGCACCCAACGCCCUCUCCUUUCUGGCCACCACCUGCAGCCAGGCCUGGCAGGUGGGGAGCACAAUGGGCUCAGAGGGUUCUCAGUUCCCCUACGAGGGCACCGUCAGCUCAACAUCUGGAAUGUUUCAGCUCUGGAGCAACGACAUGCCACCCAGCACAGCCCUCAGCACACAUCAGAUGACCUUCACGGUGCCCAAGAUGCAGUUCCCUGGACACAUGCAGUCCGGCCUGGGUCACCAUCAUCAUCACCAUCACCCCCAUCAUCACCACCAUGAGCUGCCUCUUACCCCUCCAGCUGAACCACCAUCAUCCUACUCCUUUGAACUCUCCCCUGUUAAAGUGCUGUCCUCACAGCCACAGACCAACAGCCACUAUUAUCCUCAGCAUAACAAUGUGGGACAAAACUUCCCCACCUUCCUCCCAAAUUCAUCAGGUAGGCAUCAUUUGUCCGGAGGCCAUGUGGAAGAAGGGCAGCAAUGGUGGAGCCUACCCCAAACCAACGCUACUCCUUCUAACCACCCCUUCUCCCUGGGCAGACAGCUGGUUUUGGGGCAUCAGCCCCAAAUAGCUGCCCUUCUCCAGGGCACCUCCAAAGGUCUGCUGAGCUCCACGCGCCGCUGCCGCCGCUGCAAAUGCCCCAACUGCCAGGCAAAUGGUGGAGGGUUGGAGUUCGGGAAGAAGAGACUGCACAUCUGCCACAUCCCAGAGUGUGGCAAAGUGUACAAGAAGACCUCACACCUGAAGGCUCAUCUGCGCUGGCAUGCCGGGGAGAGACCCUUCAUCUGUAACUGGCUCUUCUGUGGUAAAAGCUUCACCCGUUCGGAUGAGCUACAGCGGCAUCUCCGCACGCACACCGGGGAGAAGCGCUUUGGAUGCCAGCAGUGCGGCAAGAGAUUCAUGAGGAGUGACCACCUCUCCAAACACGUGAAGACCCACCAGACGAGGAAGAGCCGAUCUGGACAGCCUUCACAGAGCACGGACCCGCUGCUCACCAACAUUAAGAGAGAAUAAUCGCUGUGGUUCUUCAAUCAGAGACAAGACUGUGUGACUCACACUCACUGCCAUAGGUUUGCACUAGAGGGUAAGCGUCAAGCUCCCUGAAUAUAUUCUGUUGUCAAAGCUCUGCUUUGGACUUCAAAUACUACCAUAAAGUAUAUUUAGUGAUCAUUUUGAGUUACAUAAUUAUGUGCUGUUUGGAGCCACGCACCUUUAAAGAAAACUUGAAGCCUUUCUAAGCGAUAUUGUGAGAGUUUUUGCUGCAUUCAGUGUACCUUUCUUCAAGCCACACAAACGGUUCUCGCCUAGAGUUAACUUAAUUAUAUCCCUUUCACAUUUUAAAAUUAAUUUAAAUUUGAUCAGAGUUAGUUUUUUGUUAUUUUUAAUUUUGUGAUGUAAAUAUUUUUUUCAUGUGAUGAAUUUGCAAGACAUGAAAAACAUUUCAAAAGGCUUUCCUAAUAUGUUCCUAAAUAAAUGUAUGCCUUAGUACAGCUCUGAUUUCUGCUCCCUCGAACGAAUGGAUGAAUGCCUGUGUUACUGUCGAUCGUUAGAAUUUUAUUCCAAAACAUGCUAAUUUGUCUAUUGCAAGGUAAGAAUCUUUUUUUAAAAAAAAUAUAGACAUGAGUGUCUCCGAGCCGCAUACGUAUCUGCUCUGAAGCAGUAAUGUUCAUUGCUGCAGAUUAGCAAACAUGUUAAAUUUUUAAGUUCUCUGUAAAUUGUGUAUAAAUAUCAUGAACAGUUUUAUUUGUAUUAUGGCAGCAUGUAAAUUUGAAUAAACAUUGUCC